AUGACCACCAGAGACCUCUUGUCCACAUUCAGCCACCGUGGACAGCUCCUGACAGCCUCUCACCUUUUGACACUGUCAUGCUUGAGUCAGGUGUCAGAUCCUAGAUGUCAGGAAAUAUGGUCUUUUUGUGGAUUUCCUUUUGUGAAUUACCACUGGGUGCUCCUAUUUGUGGGCCACAUCCGAGAGAUGGAUGACAUCUACCUUAUCUGGUCAGUCAUCUCUGAUCAAAAUCCAGAACAAUCAACUGGAAAUUACAGUGAAGAUGAACAAAACGGAAAGCAGAAAUGGAGAGAAGGAGGAAGAGAAGCAGGCAGAAAGAGAGAACGAGAAAAAGAAGAAAAUGAGAAGGAGCUGGAAGAUGAACAGGAAAAAAGGAAGAGGGAAAAUGAGAAACACAAACAGUAUCCCGAGAAACGAUUAGUCAGCAAAUCCCUCAUGGACACUCUCUGGGCAAAGUUUAAGUUAAACAGGUGCCCCAUAAUACAAGAGAGUCUCUCACUCUCGUUUGAAUUUGACAUGACACAUAAACAGGUAUGACGACAUUAAUAGACACUUCUUCAUUGAUAGACAGAGUCACUUGUAUGGUGCUAUUACUCACAUAGACCGAUAUUUUUAUUACUGUAUUAAUCACCUCUCACACCUCAUUUUUUGCAGAUAAGUCAAUGGUUUUGUAAAAAGAGAAAGAAAUAUAAUAAAGAAAUGUCCAAGAGAAAGCAUAAGAAAAAACAUACGAGGUAAGAACGUGUUUCUUGUAAAAUAAAAGGAAGUAGAAGGAAUAGAUUGACUUCCGGAGAUGGUUUGCGUUUCCAUCAUUAUUGGGUAUGCCCAUAAACUUUUUCUUCUUUUCUUCUUUUCUUUUUUUAGAGAUGGAGUUUCGCUC